AUGUUGCCAACAAGUCAGACAUCACCAGUACCUUCACAUCGUUGCUUAAUUCCAAUUAACAUUGAAACAUUAGCUGGAUCAUCAUUUGAAUUACUUGUUUCACCAUAUGAACAAAUUCAAUAUAUAAAACGUAAAAUUGAACGACGAGAAGGUAUACCUGUUUCACAUCAACAUCUUGUUUGGAAAUCUAAUGAACUUGAAGAUGAAUCAUGUUUACAUGAUUAUAAAAUUGAAGCUGGUACAACGAUUAAACUUGUCUUAGCUAUGCGUGGUGGUCCUGUUAAUACAAAACGUGUACCAAUUGAAGAUAGUUUUAUACGUGAUGUCUCAGAAUAUAUUGAAAGUAAUCGUGAUGAUUGUCCUAUAAAUAGUGAUUUAUUACCAUCAUCAAAUAAAAAUGUUACGUUUCUUGUUUUACGUGAUGGUGAUCAAUUUAAUUUUUUUCAAGUUAUUGAUAGGGGUGACGGUACACUCUCACCUUUGUCCGGUUCUGUGAGUAACGCUUCAAUGUAUAGUACACAUGAAACUAUCGCUAUUGAAUCAGAACGUGAAAAUGAUGAAAAACGACUAGAUGAUGAUCGUAAAACAAAACAAAAAAUGGAACUGAUUCGAUCAAAACUAAAAACGCAUGCUAGAAAAGAUAUUCUUCCACUUCGUCCUCCAUCAGCAACAAAACAAUCAAAAACAGAACUGAUUCAUCAUCAUCGUCGUAAUAUAUUCGUUGAUUCAACGUCACAUUUAAGUACUAAAGAUAUCAAUUCACAUGCUACAACUUCAUCUUCAGAACCACAGCAACAGCAACACCGUUUUGCACCCUAUAAAUUUUCAUCAACCAAUCUUUUUAAUACAUAUAAUAUAUUAGCAGCUGCUGCUAUUGAACGAUCCGAAUAUCUUCAUGAAGAAGAUAGUGAAGAUGAAGAAGAUAGUCAUGAUGAAGAUGAUGAUCAACAAGCACAAAUCGAACAACAACCAAUGUUAUCAACUCCACCGCCACCACCACCACCAUCACUUAUACCAGUUAAUUCAAAAAAACAACAACUAUUAACAACUAGGUCAUUUUCACCAUCAGUUUUUUAUCAAAAAAGUCAUCAUCAAUAUGAACAAGAACCAUUAAAAAAAUCUCUUUAUCAUUCACAUCAUCAAGAUCGAACGACAAAAAACCUUCUUGGUCAACAUGAUUCAAGUAGUACUCAUGAUACAUAUGCACAAAGUUCUAUGAAUACAAUACUCACAAGUAGUUAUCCGUCAGUAACACUUGGUAAAUAAAUAACUAUUUUUUUU